CGCUGAGGCCUCUCGGAACCGCUGGCUCGCCGGGGUGGUCGAGCUGCGGUCGCCGAGCUGCUCCGAGCAUGGAGCGGAUCCCGGCUGUGGGCCUGGGCACCUGGCAGGCGGCUCCAGGGGAAGUGACAGAGGCAGUGAAAUUGGCCAUCGACGCCGGCUAUCGGCACUUCGACUGCGCUUACUUAUACCACAAUGAGAGUGAGGUCGGAGCCGGGAUCCAGUGCAAGAUCAAGGAGGGUGUGGUGGAACGCAAGGACCUGUUUAUCGUCAGUAAGCUGUGGUGCACCAGCCAUAAGAAGUCCUUGGUGAAAGCAGCGUGCACCAAGAGUGUGAAGGCCUUGAAGCUGGAUUACUUGGACCUCUACCUCAUACACUGGCCCAUGGGUUUCAAGCCCGGGGAGGAAGACAUGCCCUUGGACCGCAGCGGCAUGGUGAUACCCAGUGACACCGACUUCCUGGACACGUGGGAGGCCAUGGAGGACCUGGUGGUUAUGGGGCUGGUGAAAGCCAUCGGGGUGUCAAACUUCAACCACGAGCAGCUUGAGAGACUUCUGAAUAAACCCAACUUGAGAUUCAAGCCAAUCACUAACCAGAUUGAGUGCCACCCGUAUCUUACCCAGAAGGAUCUGAUCCGUUUUUGCCAGUCCAGAGAUGUGUCCGUGACCGCGUACCGGCCCCUCGGUGGUUCCAGUGAGGGGGUGGACCUGCUGGAUGACCCCGUGAUUCAGAGGGUGGCCCGGAACUACAACAAGUCUCCAGCCCAGAUUUUGCUCCGAUUUCAGAUCCAGAGGAAUGUGAUAGUGAUCCCCAAAUCAGUCACCCCAAAGCGGAUUCUUGAGAAUAUCCAGGAAAGUGUGUUUGACUUCAAAUUAUCAGAACAGGAUAUGAACGACAUCCUCGGCCUGGACAGGAACUUCCGAAUGUGCAGGUUACCCAUAGCUGAACACCACAAGGACUAUCCUUUCAACAUAGACUACUGA